AUGGAUGGAAGCUCUUUAAAGUCAUUGUAUAGCUUCAAAGAGGGCUUUGGAAAACAAGUUCGAGAUACUAUUCAUAGUGUUGGUCAAACCAUAGACCCUAUUGUUAAAAAGUUUAUUCCAAACUUCAGAGCCGCUCAUUAUGUUUAUAUUAUAUCGUGGUGUAUCGUUGGUUCUAUCCUUGUCUAUCCAACACAUAAUUUGGCAUAUAUUGAUGCAUUAUUUCUAGCCACUGGUUCGGCCACUCAAGCUGGGUUGAACACCACAGAUGGUAAUCUAUUGAAAUUAUAUCAACAAAUUGUUGUCUACAUGAUAGCAAUGGUUACUACCCCCAUUUUCAUUCACGGGUCUCUUUUGUUUGUUCGGUUAUAUUGGUUUGAGCGGUAUUUCGAUAACAUUAAGGAACGUUCAAAAUUGAACUUUAAAAUGAGACGUGAAGCAACUUUGGCAAGAACAAGAACCUAUAAUUCUUUUGAUCCCACUAUGAGAAACACAUACGUAAACCAAGGUCUUGGAUUACGUAAAAGGAAUAGUCGAGCUACCUCCUUGCGAAGGAGAAGCACAGGAGGUAUGUAUUCUCGUACGUUGGUUUCGAACUCAGCCCAAAGAGGGAAUGCUGGCAGGGACACAAGCCAGGGCCUUCGACCUGGUCUUGAACCACUUCGCAGGAACUCCUCUACUUCGUCUCUUUCGUACCGCAUUGAAAAGCCAAAUAAUCAGCUGGUUGAACAUCUUACAGAACCUUCAAGUGAAAAUGAAGAUGAAAUUGAGCUUUCAGAACAACCUCAUCAAAAUGGUUCUCUAGUACAUGAAGAGCAUGAUUCUCUUCAACAAAAUCAAGAACCUGAAGGUAUCAAAUUUGCAGAGUUGCCUCACCCUUCAAGAAGACCAAAUGGCCAUUCCAGGCACCCUUCAAAUCUGAAACCUUUAACUUCUGGACCUCGUAGAAAUACUGUCGAUCCUUCAGAUAUGUAUCGUUCUAUCGCAAUUAUGCAAGAGAAUAAAAAGCAAGAGAAGUGUGAAAAGGAAGUUUCUGGAAUCAAUGGUGAUGAUGAUGAUGAUGAUGAUGAUGUUCUCAUCAUCAGGCCCCCGAAUGAGAUUGAAAAUGAUGUUUCAGGGUCAAUUUACACAACAAAACUGUCUAAAAAAGAAAGAGCCAACUCAAAGCUCAGACGUUCUUGGAAAUCUCGGAAAUGGUCAUCGAAAUUUAGAAAUAAUUUCACCAACACCCAAAGGCAUCCACGAGCAUCCUCUCCUGUUUCAGAGGGUGCGGAUGACGAAGGUUCAAUUGAUUCAGAGUAUGAUAGUGAAUUUCAGAAGUUGAAGGAAAAAUUGAAGAGAAAUGAUCAUAACAAUGAACAUGCGAUUACAGAUGAUGAAGAUGAGGGCAACGAUGGUAAUGACGAAGAAGAUAAAGCGAGCAAAAAUGCUGAUAAUCAUGAUGAGGAGGAGGAGGAGGAAGAAAACUCGGACUCAAGUAUUAUUUCAGAUGACGGUUCUGCUGCUCUCAGUAGUAACGAUGAAGAUGAUGAGAACGAUGAAAAUCGUGAAAAUGGUGAUGAAGAUUAUUUCAACUAUAAGGGAAAAUAUAAGGAAGAUCUAGACAGUAGUUCCAACUCAAGUCCUCAUUUAAACAUAGUGCUUCCUGAUAGGCAUGGAACGAAUACUUCAGAUGGGAAUCAAAUGAGGUCUCCUACAUUUGAUCGUUUCUUUUCACCAGCAAAGAAUUUCGGUAAGAAAACCAGGAAAAGUAUAUCCAAAACCACUAGUCGUGGGUUAAGGAAAUUGGGUAGUGGGUUUAUUCGGUCAAAUUCAUUUGCCGUUUCGGAGUCUAAUAGAGUUAAUACUGGUCCCAGUAUAAAUUCACAUGAUGGUGAAGAAUACGAUGACUAUGAUAAUGAUGAUGAUGAUGGUGGUGAUGCUGAUGAUGGUCGAAGUUAUUAUACUGAUAUUGAAAACAAUUCAUUACGUAAGAUGAGUACCAAUUACUUGUCUUGGAACCCUACAGUUGGUAGGAAUUCAACUUUUAUUAAUUUAAGUGAUGAUCAGAAGGAGGAACUUGGUGGUGUUGAAUAUAGAGCUGUUAAGUUACUCAUUAAGAUUUUGCUUGUUUAUUACAUUGGUUUUCAUGUAAUGGGAGUUGUGGCCUGGGUGCCAUACAUUUUGAAAACACUUUAUUACAAACAUAUAGUUAAUGUUCAAGGGUUGAAUGCUGUUUGGUGGGCAAUUUUCACUGCCCAAUCUUCUUUCAAUGAUUUGGGUUUAACAGUUACAGCUAACUCUAUGGCUGGGUUUUCAAAUUCGGUUUAUAUUCUUGUAUGGUCUUCAUUUUUUAUUGUUAUUGGGAAUACGGGGUUCCCCAUUUUUUUACGGUUUUUGAUUUGGAUUAUGUUCAAGCUUUCAAAGCCUUUAUCAUUAUUUAAUGAAUCAUUGGCUUUCCUCUUGGACCAUCCACGUCGUUGUUUUACUUUGUUGUUUCCCUCCGUUCCAACAUGGUGGUUAUUCAUUGUGUUGGUUGUUCUCAACUGUAUUGAUUUGUUGCUCUUUAUCGUUUUGGAUUUGAACAGUGAUUAUUUGAAGAAAAUUCCCAUUGGAUACAGAAUUUUGGACGGAUUGUAUCAAGCAUUCAGUACCCGUACCGCUGGGUUCACAGUGGUUGAUUUAUCCCAGUUGCAUCCAGCAGUCCAGGUCAGUUACAUGUUGAUGAUGUAUAUUUCUGUUCUUCCAUUGGCUAUUUCCAUCAGGCGUACAAACGUUUAUGAAGAACAAAGUUUGGGAGUUUAUUUGAAAGAGCAAAACCCAGAACAUGAUAUAGAUGAAAGCAAAAGUUCACAUUUUAUUGGUGCACAUUUAAGAAACCAAUUGAGUUUUGAUUUGUGGUUUAUAUUCCUUGGACUUUUCAUUAUUUGUAUUGCUGAGGGCAAUAAGUUGGAUAAAAAUAAUCCUAGUUUUAGUGUUUUUGCCAUUUUAUUUGAGAUCAUAUCUGCUUAUGGUACCGUGGGGUUGUCAUUGGGCUACCCUGGUACCAAUACUUCAUUUUCUGCUCAGUUCACCACCUUGUCCAAACUUGUUAUCAUUGCCAUGAUGAUUAGAGGUAGACACAGAGGGUUGCCCUAUUCUUUGGAUCGUGCCAUUAUGUUGCCCAAUAAGAUGAUGGCUAAGAGGGACCAUGUACAGCAAGAACAUGCAAUCAGAAGAAAUACCACCAUGGAUUCAAGAGGAAACACCCUAUUCAGAAACAGUUUCAGUUUUGAUGCUCCUAAUGACGUUCUGAGUACAAGCGGUAGUAGUCAUCUAACUCCAAACAAACACUCCGAUAGAGGAUUACUUAGACGGGUGAUAACAAGCGGAGGGGAUAUUUUUGAGAACCCAGGAAGAGUGUUACUUAAUAGAAAACGAACAACGGGUGCAACUGCCAAUUAUGUUUGA